CUGUGCCGGGACGCUGGGCCUACCCCUGGCCUGGGGCUGCUGUGGACCUGAGUCCUCGGACAAGGAAAAAGGCCCUGCAGCCCCCUCCGGGGCCAACCCCAGCCUGGAGCUGCCCACUGUGGACAUGUGGCAGGGCCUCGUGCGGACAGACACUCCUAGGACUGUGGACGGACCUCCUCUCUGGACCCUGGGUUCUGGAACAGGUGUCCUCGAGGGGCGAGGAUGGGGCGGGAUGGCCCCGUUAGAAGCAACGGGGAGAAACCCCAGCCUCCUGCCAAAGAGCUGAGCACAGCACCUCUGCAGCAGGAGAGGCCGGGAGCCCCGGACCGGCGGUGAGCGGGGGAAGCGAGGGGGGUGGCUCUGGCCUGGGGCUCCCUGAGGUGUGCAACAGCAGCUCAGCUGCUUCCCGCAGGUGGCCCAGGCCCCAGUCCUCCACGAGCCUUCGGGGGGGGCCACCCCCACCCUGCCCUGAGCCACAGGGGACCCUCUCCCCGUCCUGCCGCCUGCGGUGGCCCAGAGGCCAGAGGGGUGGGGCACGGAUUUGGGCUGGCUCGGCUCGGCUUGGCUCCUGUAACCUCCACUCCUGGCAGCCGAGGACUAGGGGGAGGCGGGGCGAGGCGGGAGGUUCAAGCUGGGGUGGGGGCGGGGGCGGAGCGGGAAGGCACCUUGGUUUCCCUCAUCCUGGGCAGAUGAAAGACGCUCUCAGAGGAGGCCGAGCACAGCACUGCCGUGAUUUCAGGGCGCCUCUGCCUGGUGGCUGCCGUGAUUUGAGAGCUUCAAGUUUCUUGGUUGACGGCUUCCAGGAGCUGUACAUGAACAACUCUGGUGAGUAUCUGAGUUCCAGGGUGGCCCAGGCUGGGAGGACGGGCUGUGGGGAGCCUCAGGAGACAGCCUCUCUUCCUGUGUCCCAUGUAGGGCGUGGCUCCAGCCAGAAGCUCCGGGCCAUGGGGGGCCUGGCCGGGGUGGCCCUGCUCACCGUCCUCUGGCUCCUGUGGCUACUCUGGUGGGCCCCUGGGGGAGUCCCGGCACCCCAGCCAACACUCACCAUCCUCAUCUGGCACUGGCCCUUCACCAACAGGGCCCCGGAGCUGCCCAGCAACACGUGCACCCGCUACGGCCUGGCCCACUGCCACCUGAGCACUGACCGCGGCCUGCUGGCCAGUGCCGACGCCGUGGUCUUCCACCACCGCGAGCUGCAGACGCGGCAGGCCCGCCUGCCCCUGGCCGAGCGGCCGGACGGGCAGCCCUGGGUGUGGGCCUCCCUCGAGUCGCCCAGCCACACUCACGGCCUCGGCCACCUCGGCGGCGUCUUCAACUGGGUGCUGAGCUACCGGCGCGACUCGGACAUCUUCGUGCCCUACGGCCACCUGGAGCCCGGCGAGGGGCCCGCGCCGCCGCUGCCGGCCAAGAAUGGGGUGGCCGCCUGGGUGGUCAGCAACUUCCGGGCGCAGCAGCGGCGCGUGCAGCUGUACCGGCAGCUGGCGCCCCACCUGCAGGUGGACGUGUUCGGCCGCGCCAACAGGCGGCCACUGUGCGCCGACUGCCUGCUGCCCACCGUGGCCCGGUACCUCUUCUACCUGGCCUUCGAGAACUCGCAGCACCGAGACUACAUCACCGAAAAGUUCUGGCGCAACGCGCUGGCGGCCGGCGCCGUGCCGGUGGUGCUGGGGCCCCCGAGGGCCACCUACGAGGCCUUCGCGCCUCCUGACGCCUUUGUACAUGUGGACGACUUCGGCUCGGCCCGAGAGCUGGCUGCCUUCCUCGCCGGCAUGAACGAGAGCCAGUACCGGCGCUACUUCGCCUGGCGCGACCGGCUCCGCGUGAGGCUGGUAGGUGACUGGCGAGAGCGCUUCUGUGCCAUCUGCGCCCGCUACCCCCACCUGCCCCGCAACCAGGUCUACGAGGACCUCCAGGGCUGGUUCCAGGCCUGAGCCCUGUGGGCAGAGGAGGCAGCAGAGGAUGGCUGGGAGCUGGUGGUGUGUGUGAACAGCUGGGUGUUGAAAUCAAACCACCGGGCAUCCGGCCCCUGCAGGCGACGCUCGGCCUAACAUGGAGGCUGGGAUCUGAGGCUAAGGAUGAGGGAGGAGCGGGCUGGUCUGGGCCAGCUGCCUGGAGGAGGAGGCUGCUGGGCGCUGGAACAGACAUUUGGGAAUCGUUGGGGGUGCUGUUGCUGAGGCCAAUUGACGAUAAGAGACUGCUAAGGCCCUCCUUUCCCACCUUGAUCAAAUCUUGGGAGGCGGGGGUCAAGGCUGUCCCCUUGAUGUGGGGACAUGUGGAUGUGGGGCUGAGACAAACUGGAAGCAGGGCCCUUAGGGCUGGAGAGCUGCCACCCUGUGGUUUGUGGGGGGUAAAACCCGGGCUCUGGAGCCUCCUCUGUACCCAAGGUCCCCUGGCCCAGGGUGGGCAGGCACGUCACCCCCUCCGCCCAGGGUUCCAGAGUGCCAGCCUGCAGACCUGUGCGGGCUGGCACCGUGCAGAGUGGGCCAGCUUGUUCUGGGCUGUUUGCAGCCUGCAGUCUUCUUGGGGAGGAGCCAUCAAUAAUAAAGAAACAAAGGACCAGAAUGGCACGUGUCAAGGCUGCGAGGCACAGGGCUGCACUCAGCUCACCCCUGCCCCCACCAUCUGGUCUGGCCAUCCCGGACACACAGGCCUCCUUGUCCUGACCGGAUCAGCCUGCUCCGACUCAGUCUGGUUCUCUCCACCUGAGACGCCCUCCCCGCGCCCUCUUGCCCGUUCCCUCCUACCCUGUUCCUUCGGCCCCGCCAUAUGGCAAUGUAUCGGAGUCUUCUCUGACCCCCAAAAGGCCAAGUGGGUAAACGGCAGGGUGCAAAGUCAGAUACCUGGCUUGGGGGGGAGGGUCGAAGGUGCCUCCUCUCAAAGGCCCUGGGAUUUCAUUCUCAGGCUGGGUCGUCUUUGCGACGUGGGAGUCCCUCUGUCAGGUGGCUGCUGGCAGCGUGGGCAGGGAGGGGGCACUGAGGACGCUUC